AAAUAAAAAUGACAACGAGUACCAGUCAUCAUCUCUCUCUCUCUCCUGUCCAAAAAAAAUCAUCUCUCUCUGCUGUUUGUUUACAAACAUCCCCAUCUCUCUCUCGAAAAUCCUUCUCUCUCUCUCUCUCCCAUCCUCCACUUCGACUCCAGCAUGAGCAUGCCCCCUAUUCUUGAAUUUUCUUACUUGGGUCUUCUCUCUUUCUAACUAAGAUCCACUAUACUUAAUGCUCUUCCCCACCUCCACUUCUCUCUCUCUCUCAAAAAGAAAACCAAACCACAAAUUAAUAUAAAUAAAUAAAAAUAACCCCUUCUUCAUUUUUGCAUAUCUUCUUUAUUUUGGAACUUCUUGGAGCACGACCCCUUAAUCUCUGCACUGUUUUCAGUGUACUUCUUGGAUAUACACACACUCUUACAUCACUAGCACUUGUAUUUAUAGCAAAUGACUUUGUUGGUUCUACUUUUUACCCAAUUUUAAGUAGAAAAGAAAGUAACUGAUUUUGUUUCUUCUCGCUUGAUUUACUCACUACCCUUUGAUCUUCUUCAUCAUGAUAUCACUUGCAACCGUUACUUCUUGCUAACCCCUGCAUAAAAAUCCAAUCUUUAUUCAUACAUACAGCUAUACUUACAUAUUUCUUGUUUUUAUCCAUCCACCGCCUCUUGUUUUCUAUAUUUCUGUGGUCUAUUUAUUGCCUCUUGUGCCUUUUUUAUGUGUGUAUGUGUGUGUUGAUCUCUGCUAUAUUUUCUCUGCUUUUUUUUUUCUUGGGUGGUUUUUUUCUCUGAUUUGGGAAUUGAGUUGAAUGGCCAUGGAUGUUGCUCAUGGGGAAAGUAAUGAGGGUAGUAUUACUAAGCAUUUGGAUAAUGGCAAGUAUGUUAGAUACACAGCUGAGCAAGUUGAAGCUCUUGAAAGGGUUUACAUGGAGUGUCCUAAACCGAGCUCGAUGCGUCGCCAGCAAUUGAUCCGGGAAUGUCCUAUUCUGGCUAAUAUCGAACCAAAGCAGAUCAAAGUUUGGUUCCAGAAUCGAAGGUGUCGGGAGAAGCAGAGGAAGGAGUCUUCGAGACUUCAAACAGUAAAUAGAAAAUUGAGUGCUAUGAACAAGCUGUUGAUGGAGGAAAAUGAUCGCCUGCAGAAGCAAGUUUCGCAGCUAGUGUGUGAAAAUGGAUAUAUGCGGCAACAAUUGCACACUGUACCGUCUGUAACUACUGAUUUAAGUUGUGAGUCCGCGGUUACCCCUCAACAUUCUCUCAGGGACGCGAACAACCCUGCUGGACUCCUAUCGAUCGCAGAGGAGACCUUGACAGAGUUCCUUUCGAAGGCUACAGGAACUGCUGUCGAUUGGGUCCAGAUGCCUGGGAUGAAGCCUGGUCCGGAUUCAGUUGGCAUCUUUGCUAUAUCACAUACUUGCAGUGGAGUGGCAGCUAGAGCCUGUGGUUUAGUAAGCUUAGAGCCUACAAAGAUUGUGGAAAUCCUCAAAGAUCGUCCAGCUUGGUUCCGUGACUGUCGGAGGCAUGAAGUAUUUACUAUGUUACCUACUGGAAAUGGAGGAACAAUUGAACUGUUGUACACACAGAUAUAUGCUCCGACCACACUGGCUCCUGCACGGGAUCUUUGGACCCUCAGAUACACCACAAGUUUAGACAAUGGAAGCAUUGUGGUGUGCGAGAGAUCACUUUCUGGGUCUGGUGCUGGUCCACAGGCAGCAGCUUCUGCUCAGUUUGUCAGAGGUGAAAUGCUUCCAAGUGGUUAUUUGGUUCGUCCAUGUGAUGGUGGCGGAUCAAUCAUUCAUAUUGUCGAUCACUUAAAUCUCCAGGCUUGGACUGUACCAGAGGUGUUACGUCCGCUUUAUGAAUCGUCAAAAGUCGUGGCGCAGAGGAUGACAAUCACGGCAUUGCGCUAUAUCAGACAAAUAGCCCAGGAGACCAGCGGUGAGGUAAUAUAUGGUAUGGGGAGGCAACCAGCUGUUCUUCGGACUUUUAGCCAACGAUUAAGCAGAGGAUUCAAUGAAGCUAUCAAUGGGUUCAAUGAUGAUGGUUGGUCAGUGAUAAACUGUGAAGGUUCUGAAGAUGUGAUUGUUGCAGUGAAUUCAGCGAAAAACCUAGUCAGUACUUCUGAUCUGUCUAGUUCACUUUCCUUGGUCGGAGGCGUUCUCUGUGCAAAAGCGUCAAUGCUGCUCCAGAAUGUCCCUCCUGCAGUGUUGGUGCGCUUUCUAAGAGAACAUCGGUCAGAGUGGGCUGACUUCAAUAUUGAUGCAUAUUCUGCUGCUUCGCUUAAAGGCAGCUCUUAUGCAUAUCCUGAAAUGAGGCCAACCCGUUUUACAGGAAACCAGAUUAUUAUGCCUCUUGGUCAAACAAUUGAACAUGAAGAGAUGCUUGAAGUGAUCCGACUUGAAGGUCAUCCUCUGGGUCAAGAAGAUAGUUUUAUGUCAAGGGACAUCCAUCUCUUGCAGCUAUGUUGUGGAGUUGAUGAGAAUGCUGUUGGAGCCUGCUCUGAACUUGUUUUUGCUCCAAUCGAUGAAAUGUUUCCUGACGAUGCUCCCCUUCUCCCUUCUGGUUUUCGCAUUAUUCCUCUUGAAUCAAAAUCAGGUGAUGUGCAGGACAGUAUAACUACAAAUCGUACCCUGGAUUUGGCUUCCAGUCUUGAAGUGGGUCCUGCAGCUAACCAUGCUGCCAGUGACUCUUCUGCAUGCUACAAUAUGCGAUCGGUGCUAACUAUUGCAUUUCAAUUUCCUUAUGAGAACAAUCAACCAGAAAAUGUUGCCACAAUGGCUCGACAGUACGUCCGGAGUGUGGUAUCGUCUGUGCAAAGGGUUGCCAUGGCCAUAUCUCCAUCAGGAAUGAGCCUUACAGCAGGUCCAACAGUGUCUCCUGGUGCUCCAGAAGCUCAAACACUAGCCAACUGGAUCUGCCAGAGCCAUAGGUACCAUCUCGGGACAGAUUUGCUAAGUUCUGAUUCUGUAGGCGGUGAUACCUCGCUAAAAAAUCUUUGGCAUCAUCCUGAUGCUAUAUUGUGCUGCUCGUUGAAGUCUUUGCCAGUCUUCAUAUUUGCUAAUCAAGCAGGUUUGGACAUGCUGGAGACCACAUUAGUGGCUCUACAGGAUAUUACUCUAGAUAAGAUCUUUGAUGACACUGGUCGCAAGGCUUUCAAUUCUGAAUUUGCCAAGAUUAUGCAGCAGGGUUGUGCCUACUUGCCCGGUGGGAUCUGCAUGUCAACAAUGGGACGCCAUGUUUCGUUCGAACAAGCCAUAGCUUGGAAGGUCCUAGCCGCUGAAGAGAACACCGUCCACUGCCUUGCAUUCUCUUUUGUGAACUGGUCUUUCGUGUGACCAUCUGUAUCAUUUUAUUUUCAUGUUGGAUAGGCCAGAGCUUAAGUAGAGUAUAUUAGAGUAUUUGCGAACGGGGAAGAAAAAUGGAUCUAGUAACGAAGUUUUGUAAUUAUUAAUAUUUGCAGGGAGGUUUUCAGUUCUUUAAUAUUCGGUUUUAUGAGAUCCGUUUAGUGGUCA